GGAAUACGUGACUCAUAUAUCUUGUACUCGCACAUAAUCGGAUACGAUUAAAUAUCAGUAUCGGGGACGCCAUUCAUGCAGAGAUCCCAGUUUGUGUCCCUCACUCCUCUCUCUCUCAUCAUUUUUGAGCGCCUACCGUGAUUUGAAUAGUUCAUUUUGAUACAAACUCUGGCAAAUUCAUAGUUUCUAAAUGGGAGCCAUUUUGAGCUUGGCUGGUCCCAAGUGUAAGACAAGUGAGUACAGCGAGGUCCCACAAAAUGAUGGCUGUAAGCGGCAAAAAAUAUCCUCAAACAUUUUUGAAGAGAGCCCAAGGUUGAUUCCAAGUCUUCCUGAUGAGAUUUCAAUUUUGAUUCUUGCUAGAAUUCCAAGAAUUUGCUAUUUUAAUCUUAGGUUGGUGUCUCAAAAAUGGAAGGCAACUAUUAUGACCCCCGAGCUGUUAAAAUUGAGAAAAGAACUUGGAAGGACAGAAGAAUGGGUAUAUAUAUUGACCAAGAGUGAAGAUGAUAAACUUUUCUGGCAUGCUUUGGAUCCUUCAUCAAGAAAAUGGCAGAGACUGCCGCCGUUGCCUAGCAUUUUAUGUGAAGAAGAACCUAGCAAGGGUUUGUCUGGCCUAUGGAACAUGAUAGGGCCAAGUAUAAAUAUUGCUGAUCUAUUAAGGAGAUGGCUUGGGCGAAAAGAUGCAAUGGAUGAAAUACCAUUUUGUGGUUCUGCCAUUGGUGCUGUCAAUGGAUGUAUAUAUUUGCUUGGUGGAUUCUCUAGAUCUUCGGCCAUGAAAUGUGUUUGGAGAUUUGAUCCUAUUUCAAACGUAUGGAGUGAAGCCAAUCCCAUGUCCGUUGGUAGGGCCUACUGUAAAACUGGGAUUCUGAAUAACAAGCUAUAUGUUGUUGGAGGGGUCAGUAGGGGACCAGGAGGACUGAGUCCUCUUCGGUCUGCUGAAGUUUAUGACCCCUGCUCAGAUACAUGGUCACAGGUUCCAAGCAUGCCAUUUUCUAAAGCUCAAGCAUUACCUACUCCCUUUUUGGUUGACAUGCUAAAGCCUAUUGCCACUGGGAUGAUUUCAUACUCAGGAAGGUUGUGUGUGCCACAAAGUUUAUACUCAUGGCCCUUCUUUGUGGAUGUGGGAGGGGAAAUGUAUGAUCCAGAAACUAAUUCAUGGACUGAAAUGCCAGUUGGCAUGGGAGAGGGGUGGCCUGCUCGGCGAGCAGGUACAAAAGUGAGUGUUGUCGUUGAUGAUGAAUUAUAUGCAUUGGAUCCUUCUAAUUCCCUGGAUAGCGGUAAGAUCAAGGUAUAUGAUCAACGAGAAGAUGCUUGGAAAGUUGUUAUAGGUAAGGUUCCUAUCUGUGAUUUCUCAGAUGCAGAAUCUCCGAGUCUACUUGCCGCAUUUCAUGGAAAGCUUCAUGUCAUAGCAAAAGAUGCCAGUCGUCAGAUUGAAGUAUUACAGGCUGAUUUACGUGAUGAUCUGGGUUCUUCACCAUCAAGCUCUUCUUCUUCACCUGGUUCAUUGGAGGAACAUCCCGACUUGCUGCCUGAAUCCGACACAGUUGUUUGGAAGGUCAUUGCAGCAAGGGAUUUUGGUUCUGCUGAACUUGUUAGCUGUCAAGUUCUUGAAAUAUAAUAAACUUUUGGAGCACUACAGAGGAGCAUUGGUUUAUCCGCAUAUAUAUGUACAAAUGAGCUGUACGGUGGAGGAAGUGCUAAGAAUUUAGCAUUCUGCCGACAUUACUAAGUGUGGAAUCAUAUCUUGCUUCUGUUCCUUCCGUUAUGUUUUAUGAUCGAUAUGACUGCUUGAUGAGGCAUCAGAGUAAAGGAUUAUGCCAGAAGAAUAUCAACGAGUUCUCUCUCUUUCUUUUUGGUGUAUUCUUGGCUUGUUUUUAUAACGACAAUCUCUUUUCUUUAUAUGUAUUUUUCCUUCCUUUUUUUUUUUAAACUCAAUCAUGCUCUCUGAUUGUUAUAUCAUUUUAGUAAAUAUUUGUGAUUAUCAUAUUAAAUUUAAAUCAAAUAAAGGAGACAUUCUAAGCUAA